ACCUUCCAAUUUGUCGUUACCACUGCCACAUUGAAGAAACUAGCAAUCUCACUCUCAUCUUCACACUACAUUUGUACAACUAGCCUCACGCCGUGGGAAGCGGUCUAUCUGUUUUUUAGAACGCUUUUAUUUACCCCCUCUUUUUCCUCAACUUCACGUCUCUUGCCUUCUUUCUUUCAACUGCUCAAUCACUCAACAAACACACACACACACACUCAAUGAGACCUUCAGGAGCGAAAAACUUGUUGCCACCUGGGCUGGUGUCCAAUCUUCAGGAUGUCCUUUCUGCCAGAAAGGGUGGUGCCCAAAAUGACAAUAAUGAAGAUUCAACGGAACCCAACUCGGUUCCAGAUGAGGUUGACGAUACAAAGCCUGUCGUUUUGGUUACAAACGCUGAUGGGAUCGAUUCCCCUGGCCUAACAUAUCUCAUUCAUGCUCUCGUUUCUCAGGGACUUUACAAUGUUCACGUCUGCGCUCCUCAAUCAGAUGAAUCAACAGCAGGACACUCUUUUACUCUGAAAGAAACCAUUGCUGUUACUUCGGCUGAGAUUCAUGGUGCUACUGCUUAUGAAGUUACUGGGACUCCCGUAGAUUGUGUGUCAUUAGCCUUGUCUGGGGCAAUAUUUUCCUGGUCAAAGCCUAUGCUGGUGAUAAGUGGAAUCAACAAGGGCUCAAGUUGUGGCCAUCAUAUGUUUUACUCAGGUGUUGUAGCUGGUGCAAGGGAGUCAUUGUUUAGUGGUGUUCCAGCUAUAUCGAUGUCACUUGACUGGAAGAAGGAUGAAAGUAAGGAGGGUGAUUUCAAGGAUGCCGUAAGUGUUUGUUUACCGUUGAUAAAUGCAGCCCUUAGAGAUGUUGAGAAGGGAGCUUUUCCCAAAUGUUGCUUGCUGCAUGUGGAAGUUCCAAAGUCUCCUCUGACAAACAAGGGAUUUAAAUUGACCAAGCAAAGUCACUGGAGCACUAAGCUUUGCUGGCAAGCUAUUUCAGCAAAUAGGAAUCCUACUGCCGGACGUUUUGUUCCCAAUCAGCAAAGCCUUGGACUACAGCUUGCACAACUAGGCCGAGAUGCUUCUGCAGCUUUACUUGAGAAGAAGCAGGAAGAAGAGGACGAGGAUUUAGAUUUUAGAGCUCUUGAAAAUGGCUUUAUAGCGGUCACUCCAGUCUCUCUAUCGAUGCAUGUAGAAGCAGAUGUUCAUGCAGCCGCUGCAGAGUGGAUUUCCAAUGCAUUAGAAGCUGAACAAUGAAAUUCAUCCAGUCACUUGAUCACUAACCUUCUGUACAUUUCGAGAUGAAUUUGUCUUGGUCAUCUAUGCAAAAUCCACAUUGGUGAUGCCUUGAUUGUUGAUUUGUUUUUGUCUAUUGCCUCAUCCCUUUUUACUUUGUAGUGAAGCAAAUCCAUCAGCUAACAGGGUUGUGUUGUAGGCUUCUUUAUUGACAAAGUUGUGGUUACGCAGAAUGGUUAGGUUAUUCUUUUCUACCUUGUAAACAGAAACAAACAGAUGAAAUAUAGUGGAAUGCUUUUCAUUA